CGCUGCUGACCGGCUUAAGCUUAGUGCUACCAUGUACCUGCCUACCUGCCUCCUAGAGGGCCUAGUAGAGGCUCUACUACAGUCAAUACUACUAGUACUACUAGUACUAGAUGCCCUACUAUGCAGUACUAAAGUAAUAAUUUCACUUCUGAUUCGCCCUUCUGUGUCAUUUAGACUCAUUCUAUGACACAACUUCCCCAGGUAGUCAGGAGUCUACAGUAUGUGUGGUAAGAUAGGAAGUCUAUCUAUCUAUGUCAGGGACUCCACAGAAGCUGUUUGGCCCAUCGGUUUCCGGCGAUUAACCAAAGAGUCAAGAUAGGCAGGACGCGCAUUGCCACCGUACCUACAUACAUACAUAUUUCAAUCAGCUACAACUUAUACAAACACUUUCUCUUCUUGACUGUUGCAUUUUCCACUCUUCCUUCGCAGGUACCUUACCUACAUACAACCUAAUAAGGCAGCUGUUGUCUUUAAAGACCCGAUCUUGAAUCCAUAAUUGUGUCAGCGGUAUUAGUCUAACCUAGUACUUACAUGGGGUCUUGUCUUGUCUUGUCGAUCCUAUUAUUUCCAAGCUAAGGGUUAAAGAAGAUACGUUAUAUCAUGGCUCCUAUUGCCAUCUCUCCCGAAAGGGAUCAAGCAUUGCCCGAUGGAGGGGUAGCUUUAACCACAGUAUACCAUGACACUAUCCGAUUCUACCUUAACGGCACCCGAGUUGUACUCGACGAGAUUGAUCCCGAAGUAACCUUGCUGGAGUAUUUAAGAGGCAUUGGCCUAACUGGAACUAAGCUUGGUUGCGGAGAAGGCGGGUGCGGUGCCUGUACCGUCGUGAUUAGUCAAUAUAAUCCAACCACCAAACGAAUAUACCAUGCUAGUGUCAACGCCUGUCUAGCACCGCUCGCCAGCGUAGACGGGAAACAUGUAAUAACAAUCGAGGGUAUAGGGAAUGUGAAACGACCCCAUCCAGCCCAGGAACGUAUAGCCAAGAGCAACGGGAGUCAAUGUGGAUUCUGCACUCCAGGCAUUGUCAUGAGUUUGUAUGCUCUUUUGAGGAAUAACGAAAGCCCUACCGAACAUGACAUAGAAGAAGCUUUCGAUGGGAACCUUUGCCGAUGUACUGGGUAUCGCCCAAUUUUGGAUGCCGCUCAGACAUUUACUGCCAAAAGCGCGUGUGGUAAAAGCACUGCGAACGGUGGCUCCGGCUGUUGUAUGGAGAAUAGCGACGGUACUAAAGGAGGUGGUUGUAAGAGCCAAAGUCUAGAUGAUGGACAACCCAUCAAAAGAUUCACACCGCCAGGCUUUAUUGAGUACAAGCCAGAUACUGAGCUGAUAUUUCCACCCUCAUUAAAGAAGCACGAGUUCAAGCCUCUCUCCUUUGGAAAUAAGAGAAAGAGAUGGUAUCGUCCCGUCACAUUGGAACAACUAUUAGAGGUCAAGCACGUGUAUCCAAAUGCGAAAUUGAUCGGUGGAAGCACAGAGACUCAGAUCGAGAUCAAAUUUAAGGCUCUGCAGUAUCCAAUCUCGGUUUUCGUCGGGGAUAUUCCCGAGUUGCGGCAGUACUCCUUUAAAGACGACCAUCUGGAAAUCGGCGGGAAUGUUGUGCUAACUGACCUUGAGAACAUUUGCCAGGAAGCUAUCAAGCACUAUGGCGAAGCAAAAAGCCAAGUAUUUCAAGCCAUCUACAAACAACUCAAAUACUUUGCAGGGCGGCAGAUCAGAAAUGUUGGCACUCCGGCCGGGAAUCUGGUUACAGCCUCGCCCAUCUCUGAUCUGAACCCCGUAUUCAUGGCAGCAGACUGCGUUCUUAUCGCAAAGUCCCACACGAAAGAGACCGAGAUUCCUAUGGCAACAUUCUUCAAGGGCUAUCGCAGGACAGCUUUGGAACAAGAUGCCAUUCUCGCGUCCAUUCGUAUUCCCGUAACUCAGGAAAAGGGAGAGUUUUUCAGAGCCUACAAACAAGCUAAGCGCAAAGAUGACGAUAUUGCUAUCGUUACUGCUGCAUUACAUGUCAAAUUGGACCAAAGGGGGGUUGUUGAGCAUUGUAAUCUGGCCUACGGAGGUAUGGCUCCAUGGACUACUGCGGCGAAGAAUGCUAUCGAGUAUCUAAAAGGCAAGCUAUUUGCACAUCCUGAUACCCUCGAAGGUGUUAUGAAUGCGCUCGAAUCCGACUUUGCUCUUGACUUCAGCGUACCGGGAGGCAUGGCCUCAUACCGAAAGUCAUUGGCCCUCAGUUUCUUCUAUCGGUUCUAUCACGAUGUGUUAUCCGGCCUCAACGCCGAAAGUGAGCAUGGUGAUAGCCAGGCGGUUGAAGAGCUUGAAAGGGCGUUGUCAUCCGGCUGGAAAGAUGAGGAGGCAGCUUCGGCAUACAUGAACGGGCCCCUUGGAAAGGCUUCCAACCACGUAGCGGCUUUGAAGCAGACUACCGGAGAAGCUCAGUAUACAGACGAUAUUCCACCGCUCAAAAACGAACUUCACGUAGGUCUAGUUUUAUCUACCAGAGCACAUGCAAAAAUCAAAUCGAUCGAUUAUGAGGCAGCAUUGGAUAUUCCCGGAGUUGUCGACUUCGUCGAUAAGAAUGACAUCCCCAACCCCGAAGACAAUAAAUGGGGCGCACCAAAUUUUGAUGACUUGUUCUUUGCCGAAGAUGAAGUUUUCACAGCUGGCCAACCGAUCGCACUCAUUCUCGCCACCUCGCAGGCUCGAGCCGCAGAAGGGGUACGAGCUGUAAAAAUUGAAUACGAAGAUCUCCCUGCUAUUUUUACCAUGGAAGAAGCGAUAGAAAAGGAGAGCUUCCACAAAUUCUACCGUUACAUUGAGAAAGGUGAUACCAAGGAGGCCUUCCAAAACUGCGACUAUACAUUCACAGGUGUUUCGCGAAUGGGAGGCCAAGAACACUUUUACCUCGAAACAAAUGCGUGUGUGGUCAUACCAAAACCCGAAGAUGGCGAGAUUGAGAUUUUCACCAGCAGCCAAAAUCCCACUGAGUCCCAAGCAUGUGCAGCUAAGGUUCUAGGUGUACAAGCCAACAAAGUAGUAGCCCGCGUGAAGCGUCUUGGAGGUGGUUUCGGGGGCAAGGAAACCAGAUGUAUCCAACUCAGCACGAUUUGCGCAUUAGCUGCACAGAAGACCAGACGACCAGUCAGAUGUAUGCUGAACCGAGACGAGGAUAUGGCCAUGUCUGGCCAACGGCAUCCUUUCCUCGCCAAGUGGAAGGUGGGUGUUAAUAAAGACGGCAAGCUUCAAGCUCUCGAUAUGGAUAUUUUCAACAACGCGGGUUGGUCUUUCGAUCUGAGCGCUUCCGUGUGUGAACGUGCCAUGACACAUAGCGACAACUGCUACAAGAUCCCCAACGUCAACGUUCGUGGGCGCUUGUGCAAGACGAACACCAUGUCAAAUACGGCUUUUCGUGGCUUCGGUGGGCCUCAAGGCAUGUUCUUUGCCGAGUGCUACAUGAGCGAGGUUGCCGAUCGGCUUGGGAUACCAGUCGAAGAGUUCCGCGAGAUCAACUUUUAUAAGUAUAACGAGGAAACUCAUUUCAACCAACGACUCGUAGACUGGCACGUACCUUUGAUGUAUAAGCAAGUCCAAGAGGAAUCAGACUAUGCUGGCCGCCGCAAGGCCGUUGAAAAAUUCAACGCAGAACACAAGUGGCGCAAACGAGGGCUGGCGUUAAUUCCCACCAAAUUUGGUAUCUCCUUUACCGCCCUCUUUUUGAAUCAGGCUGGUGCAUUGGUACAUGUCUAUCACGAUGGCUCGGUCUUGGUCGCACACGGCGGCACGGAGAUGGGCCAGGGUUUGCAUACCAAGAUGAUCACUAUCGCUGCGCAAGCGCUUCAAGUGCCGAUGGAGGACGUUCAUAUUUCGGAGACAUCUACCGUGACGGUCGCAAAUACUUCUCCUACUGCCGCAUCAGCGUCAUCCGAUCUGAACGGCUACGCAGUCUGGAACGCAUGCGAACAAAUCAACAGCCGGCUUGCGCCAUAUAGAGAGAAGCUUGGGCCCAUGGCUACCAUGAAGGAGUUGGCCCACGCAGCGUACUUUGACCGGGUAAAUCUAAGCGCCAACGGGUUCUACAAGACACCGGAUAUUGGUUACACGUGGGGGGAGAACACUGGACAGAUGUUCUUCUACUUCACGCAGGGUGUUACAGCAACUGAGGUUGAGGUAGACUGUCUGACGGGCACUUGGACGUGUUUGCGCGCCGAUAUCAAGAUGGAUGUCGGGCAGUCGAUCAACCCUUCGAUUGACUACGGACAAAUCGAGGGCGCAUUCGUACAGGGCUUAGGGUUAUUUACGAUGGAAGAGAGUCUAUGGCUACGGAAUGGACCGAUGACUGGCAAUCUGUUCACCAAGGGGCCAGGUACAUACAAAAUCCCCGGUUUCCGCGACAUUCCUCAGGUAUUCAACGUGAGUCUUCUUAAGGAUGUGAAAUGGGAGAACCUACGCACGAUCCAGCGUAGUAGAGGUGUCGGUGAACCACCCCUGUUCAUGGGGAGUGCGGCAUUCUUUGCCCUUCGCGAUGCACUCAAGGCGGCGCGUGCGGAGUAUGGGGUAAAUGCCAAAGUCUUUGCUGAGGGAGGUAAAGAUGAUGGGCUACUAAGUCUGGAAAGCCCGGCUACGCCUGAGAGAAUUCGACUCUCGUGUGUCGACCCUAUUAUGGAGCGUGCUAGGGUGCAACCUAAAGAGGGCGAGAAGAGCUUCUUUAUUGCUAUCUAAAGCCCGAUGUAUGGAGUUAUGAUCAUUUGGAAUUAUGCAUAUUGGAAUAUGUAGAGGUUACGAUGGAAUGGCUAUAGCAUGCUAAGGAAGCAUAUUAAGGAUAUCAAUAAUGGCGUCAGCCCCUUUUUGAUUUUACACAUGUCCAUACCAUUAUGGAAGUUGGUAUAUUGCCUGCCUGCCGAUAGCCACCAGCCUACCUAGUGGCACCUUACACAUAUACAUAGGUGUUUAUCAUCAUAACUUGAAAUGCAAUAGUUGACUAUGAUGGAAGCGAAUGAUUAUCAGCCCGAAAUGUAUGCAACUUAACCUAGUAUCUAACCAAUAUUUCUAUAAGUACGACCCACACUACAUUCCACAGCUACAGGUUUCUAUGACGUUUUGACACCGUUUCCUACAUUGGGAUUGCUGUUGACUAAUAAGUGUUUCGAUUUCUAAUAAUUUCUACGGGCGUGGCGUGGCGUUGGCUCAAUAC